AUGCUCCGCCGUCUUUCCACGAGCUGCUUCCUGAAGCGCGCGCAGUUCCGCGGGUUCGCGGCUACGUCGCCGCUUUUGAAUAUGGACUAUCAGAUGUACCGUACAGCGACUGUCCGUGAAGCUGCGCCGCAGUUUUCCGGUCAGGCUGUUGUGAAUGGUGCAAUUAAGGAAAUAAACAGCAACGACUACAAGGGCAAAUACAUUGUGCUGUUUUUCUAUCCGAUGGACUUCACCUUCGUUUGCCCGACCGAGAUCAUUGCAUUUUCGGAUCGCCACGCCGAGUUUGAGAAGCGAAAUACGCAGGUGAUUGCGGUGUCGUGCGAUUCGGUGUACUCGCACCUGGCGUGGGUGAACACGCCACGCAAGAAGGGUGGCCUCGGUGAAAUGCACAUCCCGGUACUGGCGGACAAGUCGAUGGAGAUUGCUCGUGACUAUGGUGUGCUGAUCGAAGAAUCCGGUAUCGCUCUUCGAGGUCUCUUUAUCAUUGACAAGAAGGGCGUCCUGCGCCACGCAACGAUCAAUGACCUUCCUGUGGGCCGCAACGUGGACGAGGCACUGCGCGUGCUGGAGGCUUUCCAGUAUGCGGACGAAAACGGAGACGCGAUCCCGUGCGGAUGGAAGCCUGGACAGCCGACGCUGGACACCACAAAGGCGGGCGAGUUUUUCGAGAAGAACAUGUAA